UCCGGUCGCUCCGCCAUCUUUGUCGGCGGCCCCCAUUGUUCACUCAGCGGCGGUUAAGCAGUUCCCACUGCGCAAUAGAAUAACUUGACGGGCGUUACAGGCAGCUAGCCCCGCGACAGUCGUGGACUUUCUCUCCGGGUUGCGACUUGUUCUCGGCCGGCAAGUUAAACAGAAUGGACGAUGACCAGCCCAAAACCCUGUAUGUGGGGAAUCUGUCCCGGGACGUGACAGAGGCCCUCAUCUUAGAGUUGUUUGGCCAGAUUGGACCCUGCAAAAGCUGCAAAAUGAUAGUAGAUACGGCAGGUCACGAUCCGUACUGCUUUGUGGAGUUCUAUGAGUAUAGACAUGCCACUGCUACAAUCGCAGCCAUGAAUGGUCGGAAAAUACUGGGUAAGGAGGUCAAGGUCAACUGGGCCACGACGCCAACCAGCCAAAAGAAAGACACAAGUAGUCACUUCCACGUCUUUGUUGGAGAUUUAAGUCCUGAAAUCACUACAGAUGACAUAAAAGCAGCUUUUGCUCCGUUUGGGAAAAUAUCGGAUUGUCGAGUGGUGAAAGACAUGGCCACAGGUAAAUCUAAAGGCUAUGGCUUUGUCUCCUUCUUCAACAAAUGGGACGCGGAGAAUGCCAUACAGCAGAUGGGAGGCCAGUGGUUGGGAGGAAGGCAGAUCAGGACCAACUGGGCCACGAGGAAGCCUGCCCCGAAAACUACCAACGAGACGCCCAACACCAAGCAGCUAUCCUUUGACGAGGUGGUGAACCAGUCCAGCCCCAGCAACUGCACCGUCUACUGCGGGGGAGUCACGACAGGUCUCACAGAGCAAAUCAUGAGACAGACCUUCUCGCCUUUCGGCCAAAUAAUGGAAAUCCGGGUUUUCCCAGACAAAGGCUACUCGUUUGUGAGGUUCAACUCCCAUGAAGCCGCAGCUCAUGCCAUCGUGUCCGUCAAUGGUACAUCCAUAGAGGGCUACGUGGUGAAGUGUUACUGGGGCAAAGAAACGACAGACAUGGUUAGCCCCAUACAGCAGGUACAGAUGUCACAGCAGAACACGGUGAGCUUCGCAGCGCAGCCCUACAGCCAGUGGGGUCAGUGGUACAGCAACACGGCCGCCGCCCAGCAGAUCGGGCAGUAUGUGCCCAACGGGUGGCAGGUGCCGAGCUUCGGAGUCUACGGACAGACCUGGGAUCAGCAGGGCUACAAUCAUUUACACGCCGGUGCCGGAUGGACAGGCGUGGGCGCCGUGAGCAACGGCGCCAUGGUGGAGCCGGGGCAGGGCGUCAACGGGGCCGUGCUCACUAACACGGCCGGCAUGAGCACUGCCGGCUACCACACCCACUGAUCACCGAUCACAGUAGGCCUCUCUAAAGCCUCUAAGGGCCACGAGGAUGAUCCUCUGCUGGGGGGGGGGAGGGGGAGGGGAGGAAGGGAGGGGAGUGCGAGGAGUGCGUUAGACGCUCUUGUCACCACACAAGGUUAUUCUGUUAGAGAAGCUGGUACGCCAUUUUUUUUUUUUUUUUUUAAAUCAACCUUUACCAGCCUAUUCUAUAACUUCACCCACUGCCCAAAAUCUGCAAGUGUAAAGAAAAACGAUCCACUCCAGAACACGUAAACACCGUCAAAAAAAAAAACAGCUCUAUGCGAACGCACCUAAGCCCAUUUUAUUGUUUGGCGUAUUUUUGUAAUGCCUGCAGAUAACUGGCCAAAUGUAAAUUGAUAAGACCGUGUGUAGAUAUUUCUAGCACAGCCACGUUUUUUUUGGAAUUUUAAGAACAUCAACCAAUUAUAAUUAAAACAAAAAAAAUCACCAGGUUUAGUUUUUGUUUUCAGAGCCAAAGAGCAAGGGCCGCAUUUUAUACCAAUGUUUAACAAUCGUACAGGGAGGAGAGGCUACCAACUUUUCAAACAAGACGGCACUCAUUAAUCCAUAGUAAGUAAUGCAAUGUAUUGAGUAAAGAAGGGGUGCGAUUAUAAAAAAAAAAAAAAAAAGAAGAAGUUUUCUUUCUCUCAAUUGGAACCUCUCACUCUCACUUCUGGUCUGUCCGCCUGUCACUAGAGUGACCAACAAGUCUGAGGCAGUUCUCAGGGUGUUGUCAAAGUCAUUCUGUGAAAUGUAGGAAAUCACUGAGCAAGACGGAAGUAGGCAGGUUGAGGGAGGAAAAAAAAA